AUGUCGACAAUCGGGCGAACGCUGAGCAACCUGCGCAAGGUUGGCAUCAAGGACUACUUCCGCCAGAUGCUGGUACGUGACUAUCUCGACCCCACGUUUGACUGGCGAUGUUCGACGGCCAUGAUCAUGCUGACUGAUUUCGUUUCACGCACUCAGUAUAUCGGUGAUACAAAAGCCGGCCGCCUCAUCGGGACCGACCGUGCGGGCAACAAGUUCUUCGAGAACAACGAGGAGCUACCUCUUCGCACCCGCUGGGUCGAGUACGCACAGCACGACUACGAUGCGGGCCAAAUUGACCCGGGCUGGCACGCCUGGAUCAGCUACAGCGUCGACAAGCCGCCUACCGAGGACGCCCUCAUGCAGGUUGGCAAGAGGUCCUUUGAGAAGCCCGGUCCGAUUUUCAACUGGACCCAGACACGGGGUGCCUUCAAGACCUACAGCACGACGAAACCCAAGCUGAGGACCUGGGAGCCGGAAGCUGCGCCAAGGACAUAG